CAGACAAAUUGAGUGAACAAUGAAUCCAGAAUUUAAUGAAUUUAUUGUAUUAUGAUGGUGCAGAAUGCAGAUUGUUCAUCCCCAUAUUAACUUUUAACCUAUUUCUCCAGUCAAGAGAAUGCUGAAUAUUGAAAUACUGAGAUGCUUGAGUCCCCAGUUCGAGUUGUUCGUGGAGGCCAUGAUGCAUCUAGAGGAUUGGAAAUCAUACAACAAAAUAUCAAAAACAAGCUGGCUUCCUCUCCUGAUCUCAGCAGCUCUGCUGAGGAACUCGCGGCUGCUCAAAGAGCCUGGGAGUCUGUGCAAUGUGUGGAGCCUACAGCUGUCGGUCUCGGCAGUACCCACACCGGCACCGACUCAGCUGAUACUAUAGACAAGAAGCCUAUCCCUGCACACACACCCUCACAAUCUUCCACACCUUCCAUAAUUGGCACCGCUUCCAACACCAAGAGCCGCUCCUCUGCCACACAUUGCUCCUCGUCACAUCACAGUCUGCAAGAUCAGUACGAAGAGCCUUUGGAAGACCAGUUUCAGCUCGUCACGCUCCAGGAUGGCUCUGAUCCAAAGUAUGAGAGCAUUUCCCACCCAGGCUGGUCUUCACAGCACAAACUUCACCCCCAGACUGGCAGGCCGCCCCUGCAGCACCAGAGAGAUUGUCAUAGAGGAGUCAUGGAGGUGCCUCGACCAGCGCUGGUGCCUCCACUCAGCAGCUCCUUGGUUCACCUCACACCAGGACUUACUGUCACUCCUACCAUUGAUUUUGAGGAGGCAUGGCAAUUCUUCCUAAGGCAGGAUAUGAGUCAUGUCAAGGGGAGCAUACGACCAACUGUUGAAAAGCGUGGUGUGCCAGGUCUAUUACGUGAACUUUUUGGACCGCGCAAACUAAAACCGGAACUCAUUCCUGAGCGUGACCUGAUAUUCUGCAUUGCCCAGUGCCCCAUGAGCAACAGCGAGCCUCUGCACCUGCAGAUGCUGCAAACCAUCUACAAGGCCCUCACCGGCACACGGGCAGACUGUCCCAGAUAUGGACCUCACUGGGAUAUUAUUGGUUUCCAGGGAAGUGACCCGAGCACCGACUUGCGUGGUGUGGGGCUGCUAGGGCUGGUGCAGAUGGUGUCGCUGGUGUGUGGGGAGCAGAGCCAGCAUCUGGCCGCCGACGUCUUCGCCCUCAGUCACGACCAACACUCGCAGUUCCCUCUCAUGGUGCUGUGUCUCAACGUUACCAGGAUCGCGCUACAGGCCCUCAGGGAAGGAUGUUUAAACAAGGAAUGCAAUAGCCGCGGGAACGUGCGUUUGGUAGUGAACGAGUUUUUCGCUGCAGUGCUGUACCACAUUUAUCACAUCUGGAGGACUGAAAGAAAAUCAAUCACAGACUCCGGAUACCUCAUCAAAGAUGCUGAGGCGUACUGCAAGUCGAACGUGAGUCGAGUGUUGUGCCGCCUGCAGCAGCAUCUUCGUUCCUACUCGUCGCACCACUUCGUCGUGGACAUGUUUCUGUUGCAUGUCGCUGUGACGAGAUUGCUGUUGCCAGGCUCCGUUCAUUCUGCAUUGUUCUGUUGUGAGUACCUUGUUUCUAUAUUGUUUUGAAACACUCUUUAAUUGGCAUUGUACUCACUUGCGUCAGUUCUAUGGUGCUCUCUUAUAUAUUCCAAAGUUGUAGAAUAAGCAGAUUUAACGCGUAAAUUGUGUACGAAAUCGGCAUUCUGUUGUAACGCAUCCUUCUUCUGUGUAUCCUAAUAACAACUCCAGUUAAAUAACAUCGAUACUUUUUUUUAUAAAUAUUUAUGAAUAAAUUACCAUGAAUAGCGGACAAUUUGUUAAAAAUAUAAAGGUAUUAAAUAAAUUGAUACCUUUUAAUUUGCGGUGCGGUUAAGAGUGGUAACAUAGUGGCAUCUGUACAUGACCAGAAACCUGGAAUAGCUUUCGGCGUGGCAUUUCUCCCCCCUGUGAUGGACGGUGUGCCGCCAUGGUUGAACUAUAUAAGGUUGACCCAUGAGUUCCGUCUUUCAGUUCAG